UUCAAUGCCUUCAACACUUUUAAAUUUUGUUUAGGCGUACAUGGUUUCACCGGUCAUUUUGACACACGAACAUCUCCGAGGUGUCCGAGGCAUCCAGAACACACCAUAAGGUUGAACACGUCCCCAAUCAGCCAAAAUGGCUAACGUGGGAGUGGAAGCCCUGUUAACCUGGUUGAACAACCUAGAGUUGACGGAUCAGCCUCUUCAUAUCGAGGAUUUGAAAGAUGGGACUUACUUGUUAAAAGUAAUCAAUACAUUAAAAAAUGAACGGGGUCUAUCCUUGGACCUUUCAGUGGAGGAACGGUUUAACCAAAUUGCCCGCUUCCUGGAGGGAGACUGCAGGUUACGUGCUGGCACAGGAGCUACUCUUUCAAGGCACAUUGCAAAUGGCAAUAACCUGACAGUAGAAAUAUCAAAGGUGCUUUUAUUGCUGGUGUACUAUGACAUGAUGAACAACCGCAGUACUCUUAACAAGAUGGAGUUGAAGGUGGAGGGUGAGAUUGCAAGCCUCACGGAGCGCUUUGUUCUGGUAACAGAUGACUAUGUCUACCUGAGCAAUGGGCUUGAGGCCUAUCUGGGGAGAAAAUACUCUUCUUCCCCCUCAACCCAAUCGUCCAGCUCCUUGAUAUCUGAUGACUCCCCUGUAUUCCAUCGCUCCCAGAAAGUCAAGUUUGUUGAUCUGCACACUGUGGCCACCCCGGCCGCCAGCAGCAGGUCUCCCCUGCAAGAAGUCAUGAACACGCCUCGUUUCAAAUUGAGGAAGAUGCAGACACAGAUGAUCCAUGAGCGGGAAUACAAGGAUGGCUUGACGAGGGAGUUGAGCAGCUUGAUGACCCAGAUCGCACAGAAAGAAACCGAAAUCAGCCAGUUAAAGUAUCAACUGGACAAGAUAAAGGAAAAUCAAAAUGUGCAAGACCAAGUGGUCAGCGACCAAAUAAAUGAACUGGAAACCAAAAACGAAUCGUUGCAAAGACGUCUUCAUGAGUUGGCAAAGCAAAGCCAUGAUUUGAAGUCUGACACCAUCCAUAUGGAACGUAAAGUAGACCAGCUUACAGAAGAGAAUGGAAAUCUCUCUGUCCAGGUGCGAGAGAUACGUUUAAAACUGGCAACCUGUGAGGCUGAAUUGGAGGGGCUGUUGGAGAACCAGGCUACUGUUGAGAAGGAGCUGCAGAGCAAAAACUGCCACCUACAGGCCGAACUGAGCCAAGCCACUGCCCAAAAGGACUUCCAGUAUGAACAAAUUGAGAUCCUUCAAGGCAAGAUCUCGUCUCUGGAGGAGGAGCUGAGCCGAAUCAGACAAGAAGAGAAAGGAGAGAACAUGGGUCCAGUCAUGCAGAGGGCAGAACUGGAGAAUGAAAUCACAGAUCUAAAAGAUCAGUUGGAGAUUACAACAGGCUCUCUUAGAGAGGCUAAACAGGUGGUUCAGGCUAAAGAAGUCAUGCUAGCACAAUAUCAAGAGGACAUCACUCUGCAUAAAGAGCUUCUUAAGCAGCAGAUGGCAAAAAGUGAAAAAGAGAUGCAAGAUAAACAGGUACUUCUUGACCAAACGCAGAAGGAAAUUGCUGACCAAAGACACAUUCUACAACAGGAAAAGAACAAUCUCCAGCUUCAAGUUGAUAGUAUAGGUGCCCUACUUAAGGAGAGCGAAGAAGAUGCUAAACUCAAAGAAGAGCAGAUGCUACAGGAAAACACAAGACAUGACACGGCUCUUGAACAGCAGAAGACAUUUUACCAGGAUGAGAUGGGCCGACUGAAGGGGGAGAUCCAACAAAAACAGGAGUUGAUAGAAUUACUGAAGGUCCGAGCUGAAAAGGUAGAACUGCUAAAUCAGGAGAUUCAGACAUUGAGGAACGAGGUGGAGACGCUAACCUCCUCGCUAAAGAAAGCAGAGGAGUAUUUGCAGACUCAGGAAGACCUGUUGGCAAAACAACAACUUGACAGCCUGAAGAUCCAAGAGACUCUGCAAAAUAAGAUAACAAUGUUUCAGGAAGAAGUACAUGGUUUGUGGGUCGAAGAAGUUGCUCUUCAGGCAGACGUUAAAUUGGCUAAGGAGACUAUUCAGGCCAAAGAAGACAUGUUAGCUAACUUGCAGAUGGAGAGCUCUCAACAAACAGACAUUCUUAACGGAAAAAUGCAUGGUUUGGAGGGCCAACUAAAAACCAUAACCACUACUCUAAGUAAUGCCAAACAGGAUCUUAAAACUCAACAAGACAUGUGCAAUCUGCACCAACAAGAGCAUGCACAUCAACUGGAAGAACUGCAAAAACAGAUGUUUGCCUCUGAAGAGGAAAUUGAGAGAUUAGUUCAUGAGAUCAUCCAAAAAGAGCAACACAUGACCGAGGUAAAGAAGGAGACCUCAGCGCAUUCCGAAGAGUUGCAGCAGGCGAUCAACAGUCUGAUGAGUCAAGUGACCGGUGUGACCAACUCUCUAAGGAAGGCUGAAGAGAAGUUACAGGAUCGGGAGACUCUGCUCACCCAGCAAGAGCAGGAGAGUGCUCAUCAGAAAGAUCUCCUUCAGAAACAAGUGUCUGCCUGUGAGGAGGAGUUAGAGAAGAUGAAACGGGAGAUUAAAACCAAAGAGGAACAGCUAACCUUACUUGGGCGAAAUGGCUCUGAGCAAUCUGCCUUACUACAGGAGCAGAUCCAAGGUUUAAAUAGCCAAGUGGAGAGCCUGUCCUCCUCACUGAAGCAGACUGAGGAGGAGGUUCUAGGUCAGAAACAUCAGUUGAGUAAGCAGGAGCUGGAAAGCACUCAACAGAUGGAGGCACUUCAACGGCUGAACCUUGUAUCUGAGGAAAACAUCAGACUGCUGAAAGAAGAGAUCCAAACAAAGGAGACACUUCUUAAUGAGAUUAGGACAGAGAGCUCCAAGCAAUCAGAGAACCUGGCCAAUCAGAUACAACAUCUAAUUCUUGAGAUGGACAACACUAAAGAAUCUCUUAAAAUGGCGUCGGAGGAGGUUGAAGCCAAGGAAGACGUGCUAACAAACCUGAGGCAGGAGAGGGAUCAACUUAAAACAACGAUGGAGGUCUGUGAAGAGGAGAAGGCUCUACUCAAGCAGGAAAUCCUUCUGAAAGAGCAACAGCUGGCUGAGGUGAAGAAGGAGACCUCUGCAAAUUCUGAAGAGUUGCAGCAGGAGAUCAACAGUCUGAUGAGUCAAGUGACCGGUGUGACCAACUCUCUCAGGAAGGCUGAAGAGAAGUUACAGGAUCGGGAGACUCUGCUCACCCAGCAAGAGCAGGAGAGUGCUCGUCAGAAAGAGCUUCUAAGGAAGCAAGUUUCUGCCUGCGAGGAGGAGGUUGAGAAGAUGAAACAGGAGAUCAAAAUAAAAGAGGAACAGUUAACCUUACUCGGGCUUAAUGGCUCUGAGCAAUCUGCAUUGCUACAGCAGCAGAUCCAAGGUUUAAAUAGCCAAGUGGAGAGCCUCUCCUCCUCACUGAAGCAGACUGAGGAUGAGGUAUUAGGUCAGAAACAUCAGUUGAGUAAGCAGGAGCUAGAAAGCACUCAACAGAUGGAUGCAUUUCAGCGGCUGAACCUUGUAUCUGAGGAAAACAUCAGACUGCUGAAGCAAGAGAUCCAAACAAAGGAGACACAUCUUAAUGAACUUAGGACAGAGAGCUCAAAGCAAUCAGAGAACCUUGCCAAUCAGAUACAACAUCUAACUCUUGAGAUGGACAACACUAAAGAAUCUCUUAAAAUGGCAUCAGAGGAGGUUGAAGCCAAGGAAGACGUGCUAACAAACCUGAGGCAGGAGAGGGAUCAACUUAAAACAACGAUGGAGGUCUGUGAAGAGGAGAAGGCUCUACUCAAGCAGGAAAUCCUUCUGAAAGAGCAACAGCUGACUGAGGUGAAGAAGGAGACCUCCGCAAAUUCUGAAGAGUUGCAGCAGAAUAUCAACAGUCUGAUGAGUCAAGUGACCGGUGUGACCGACUCUCUCAGGAAGGCUGAAGAGAAGUUACAGGAUCGUGAGACUCUGCUCACCCAGCAAGAGCAGGAGGGUGCUCAUCAGAAAGAUCUCCUUCAGAAACAAGUGUCUGCUUCUGAGGUUGAGGUUGAGAUGUUGAAACAGGAGAUCAAAACAAAAGAGGAACAGUUAACCUUACUCGGGUUAAAUGGCUCUGAGCAAUCUGCAUUGCUACAGCAGCAGAUCCAAGGUUUAAAUAGCCAAGUGGUGAGCCUGUCCUCCUCACUGAAGCAGACUGAGGAGGAGGUUCUAGGUCAGAAACAUCAGUUGAGUAAGCAGGAGCUAGAAAGCACUCAACAGAUGGAUGCAUUUCAGCGGCUGAACCUUGUAUCUGAGGAAAACAUCAGACUGCUGAAGGAAGAGAUCCAAGCAAAGGAGACACUUCAUAAUGAACUUAGGACAGAGAGCUCAAAGCAAUCAGAGAACCUUGCCAAUCAGAUACAACAUCUAACUCUUGAGAUGGACAACACUAAAGAAUCUCUUAAAAUGGCGUCAGAGGAGGUUGAAGCCAAGGAAGACGUGCUAACAAACCUGAGGCAGGAGAGGGAUCAACUUAAAACAACGAUGGAGGUCUGUGAAGAGGAGAAGGCUCUACUCAAGCAGGAAAUCCUUCUGAAAGAGCAACAUCUGACUGAGGUGAAGAAGGAAACCUCCGCAAAUUCUGAAGAGUUGCAGCAGGAGAUCAACAGUCUGAUGAGUCAAGUGACCGGUGUGACCGACUCUCUCAGGAAGGCUGAAGAGAAGUUACAGAAUCGUGAGAAUCUGCUCACCAUGCAAGAGCAAGAGAGUGCCCAUCAGAAAGAGCUUCUAAGGAAGCAAGUUUCUGCCUGCGAGGAGGAUGUUGAGAAGAUGAAACAGGAGAUUAAAACCAAAGAGGAACAGUUAACUUUACUCGGGCUAAAUGGCUCUGAGCAAUCUGCAUUGCUACAGCAGCAGAUCCAAGGUUUAAAUAGCCAAGUGGUGAGCCUGUCCUCCUCACUGAAGCAGACUGAGGAGGAGGUGCUAGGUCAGAAACAUCAGUUGAGUAAGCAGGAGCUAGAAAGCACUCAACAGAUGGAUGCACUUCAGCAUCUGAACCUUGUAUCUGAGGAAAACAUCAGACUGCUGAAGGAAGAGAUCCAAACAAAGGAGACACUUCUUAAUGAGAUUAGGACUGAGAGUUCCAAUCAAUCAGAGAACCUGGCCAAUCAGAUACAACAUCUAACUCUUGAGAUGGACAACACUAAAGAAUCUCUUAAAAUGGCGUCGGAGGAGGUUGAAGCCAAGGAAGACGUGCUAACAAACCUGAGGCAGGAGAGGGAUCAACUUAAAACAACGAUGGAGGUCUGUGAAGAGGAGAAGGCUCUACUCAAGCAGGAAAUCCUUCUGAAAGAGCAACAGGUGACUGAGGUGAAGAAGGAGACCUCCACAAAUUCUGAAGAGUUGCAGCAGGAGAUCAACAGUCUGAUGAGUCAAGUGACCGGUGUGACCGACUCUCUCAGGAAGGCUGAAGAGAAGUUACAGAAUCGUGAGAAUCUGCUCACCAAGCAAGAGCAAGAGAGUGCUCAUCAGAAAGAGCUUCUAAGGAAGCAAGUUUCUGCCUGCGAGGAGGAUGUUGAGAAGAUGAAACAGGAGAUUAAAACCAAAGAGGAACAGUUAACUUUACUCGGGCUAAAUGGCUCUGAGCAAUCUGCAUUGCUACAGCAGCAGAUCCAAGGUUUAAAUAGCCAAGUGGUGAGCCUGUCCUCCUCACUGAAGCAGACUGAGGAGGAGGUGCUAGGUCGGAGACAUCAGUUGAGUAAGCAGGAGCUAGAAAGCACUCAACAGAUGGAUGCACUUCAGCAUCUGAACCUUGUAUCUGAGGAAAACAUCAGACUGCUGAAGGAAGAGAUCCAAACAAAGGAGACACUUCUUAAUGAGAUUAGGACCGAGAGUUCCAAUCAAUCAGAGAACCUUGCCAAUCAGAUACAACAUCUAACUCUUGAGAUGGACAACACUAAAGAAUCUCUUAAAAUGGUGUCAGAGGAGGUUGAAGCCAAGGAAGACGUGCUAACAAACCUGAGGCAGGAGAGGGAUCAACUUAAAACAACGAUGGAGGUCUGUGAAGAGGAGAAGGCUCUACUCAAGCAGGAAAUCCUUCUGAAAGAGCAACAGGUGACUGAGGUGAAGAAGGAGACCUCCACAAAUUCUGAAGAGUUGCAGCAGGAGAUCAACAGUCUGAUGAGUCAAGUGACCUGUGUGACCAACUCUCUCAGAAAUGCUCAAGAAAAGUUACAAGAUCGGGAAACUCUGCUCACCCAGCAAGAGCAAGAGAGUGCUCAUCAGAAAGAUCUCCUUCAGAAACAAGUGUCUGCUUCUGAGGUCGAGGUUGAGAUGUUGAAACAGGAGAUCAAAUUGAAAGAGGAACAGCAAACCUUACUUGGGCAAAAUGGCUCAGAGCAAACUGCUGUUCUACAACAGAAGAUCGAAGUUUUAACUAACCAAAUUGAUAGUCACUCCUUCUCAAUGAAAAAGGCAGAGAAGGACAUUCAAACGGCAAGUGAUGCGGCAAAACACUACAAAACUCAGAUGGAGAAUGCCAUGAAUCACUACAAAGCAAAAAAGCAGCUUCUCCAGGAGAGUCAGGAGCAGGUGGCAGAAAUGCAGCGCUCCUUGGAUGUUAAAGAGAAAAUUGGCACUGAGUUUAAGCUGCUCCAGCUCGACUUUGAAACCGUCAAAUCAAAUGAGAAGAAUCUCUUAAGCCGAGUCACCAGUUUGGAAGCACAGCUGGCUUUUGCCGAUGGCCAACUGCGGGAGCAUAACAAGAUGCGGAGGGACGGAGGAAGGCUCCAGGACUUUUACUUCACAGAAACUGAGGAAAACUGGAAGAUCCAGACUCGUGAGCUAAAGGAGAAACACGACAGCUUUGACAGCCAGGGAGACGACACUCUGGAGGACUCUCUGAGCACCACAAGGAGACCCUCCGCUCCGGGGGAGUCCAGCACUCCGAUGGUUAGAAGCUCGGAGCGCCUCGCUGGCAAGCGGUGUUCCCUGAGCGCCGAUUCUCUGGAAAGCCUUUACUUCACACCCAUGAACAACAAGCAGACAAACAGGACAAAGCGCCAUAUGGACAACAGCCUUACAUCCUUGGCUGAGCUCCCAGAUUCCACCCUGAAGAACCUGUCCUCCUCGGUCAAACGCCGCCGGACCACCCAGGUUAUCAACAUCACGAUGAGCAAGAAAACGCCCAGACGUGGAGGGUCUGACCACGACCACCACGGUGAGGACGAAGACACCUUCUACAGCCUGGCCUCCGCCCGCUCCCACCCCAAUCUCUCCAACAGCCACGCAGCCAGGCCUGUCUCCAUGGAGCUGUCCGGCAGGACGGCCGCCAGCAGUGACCAGCUGAUGAGCCUGCCCGGCUACAGGCGGAGCACCAGCAGCAACACUGCGCCGACACGCAGCACAAGUACAUUCUGUGUGGGAGCUGAGAACGAGCCUGAAAACGGGCCAGAUGAUUGGAUGAGGAUCGCUGAGCUCCAGUCCAGGAACAAGGCCUGCCUUCCCCACCUCAAGAGCAGCUACCCGCUAGAAUCCAGGCCAAGCAUUGGACCUGAGUUCGUCAUCACGGACGACGACCUGCGCAUGGGCGACCCCACCGACACCAUCCGCCGGGCCACCUUGAUGCCCGACCAGAUGCUGGACUCCCUCUCCUCCCACCGCCUGUCCUACAUGGUGGGGCAGACGGACACCGCUGGCACUCGUGCCCACCGCCACUCCCUGUUGCCGGGCCAGCUCCCAGCACGCACCCACUCCUCCUCACUGCAAAAGUACCCGCUCUCUCCCGAGGCGAAGGCCAGCUGCUUCCCCCGCCCUCUUACUCCAAAAUACAAAAACAGCCACAUGACCUCCUCAAGCACACAAAUACGCACGGCCCUCAGCCCGGUCCAAAGGAGGGAGUCCAUGGUGUUCACCAUCGAAAACACCCCGAAGAAGAACAGCUAUCUACAGAAGGGGUUGAACAGACUACGCAGCUCCACGCGCAAGUCCCCCGGCAAGGGGCCGAAGACGUCUCCCGCCCAGCGAGCCUCUGGCCGGUCCCCUGGUAACCGCGCGGCCGAAGUUGGAGUUGCCGUGGCAAGACGGGGCAACACCAGGGCAUUGCCUCAGGGGGGGGCGGCGGCGGCGGCCAAAGGACAGAGGAGGUCCCCGCGCACCAGUGCCAAAAGCACGGCCAAGUCCCCGCGCACCAGUGCCAAAAGCACGACCAAUUCCCAAUUACUGACCUCCAGUGCCCGCAAGAUGAUGAGCAGAAUGAAGGUCUGAAGAAGUAUCUGGAACAAUCUUUUUUGUAUUCUACUCAAAUGAUGGAAUUGCUAUAACUUGUACAUUUACAGCAAAUUUUUCAUUUUAUCCAAAUCAAUCUGUUGUCUAUCAAUCUGUUUUUCUAUCAACAAUGUGGUGGAUUUCACAGAGUUGUGAUAUUCUUCAGGGAUUCUAGUACCUGCUUGCAUUGGAUUCUCUCUGUAUUAUAUUUACAUGUUUGUUGGUGAUCAUUUAGUUGGAAUUUCGGUUUUUUGAUAAUCCAAAUAUUUUGCAUACAAAUAUGCCAAUGGGUGGCAAUCUUUUUUUAUAAUUUCAUUUUUUACAUAAACGAAUGUUCCUCUGUAGCUUUGAGCAUAGUUUUAAAUUUCACAUUUUUAAAUUCUAAAAUAAAGCCUCAUAUGGAAUCAGAUCAUUUGUAUUGUUAAAUUGUACAUUAAAUGAUUGACAGA